UGAUAUCUGGGAUGUGAUGCAUGAGGCAGGGAGGGGUAUAAAAGGUGAGCUUGGGAAAUUAGAAUAUCUCAACGGUUUCUUCGUAGUUCAAAAAGACUCUCCUGCAACUUCACCGGGAACAUAAAUCGACCGACUAUGACUGAUUUUGAAUUGGUCCUGAAGGCCUGGAAACCCAUUGAGGCCGACCUAAAAGGGAAUGGAGGAGUGGUUCUCACCCGUCUGUUCCAGGAGCACCCAGAAACCCAGCAGCUGUUUCCCAAGUUUGCGGCGAUAGCACCGGGCGACCUGGCAGGAAAUGCCGCCAUAUCAGAACACGGGUGCACAGUGCUGACGAAGCUGGGAGAUCUGCUGCACGCCAAGGGGAACCACGCUGACAUCCUCAAGCCCCUGGCCAAAACCCAUGCAACACAACACAAGAUCAAACUCCAGAACUUCCAACUGAUAACCGAGGUCAUCGUGAAGCUGAUGGGGGAGAAGGGGGUGGACGCAGCGGGGCAGGAGGCCGUGAGGAAGGUGAUGCAGGCGGUCAUCGGCGACAUCGACAACUUCUACAAGGAGUUCGGCUUCCAGGGGUAGAUGAUGCGCAGCAACUUACCGGCAGCCCUACGGACGAAUGAAGAUAACCGGAUCGUGAAAGGCGCUCGCAUCAAAACAGCCUGGUGGGGAGCCUCAUUGCCCAUGUGUUAGAUUCCGCUGCAACGCCAUUCGCUGUGACUAACAGCUGCUUUUGAAUGCUUUCAAACUGUGAUUCAAUCUAAUGUACAGACACACAAAAGAAAAUGAAAAUGAAAUGAAAAAUAAUUUUUAAAAAGCUAAAUGAAAUUUGCGAGGAUACAAUAGAGCUUUCAGCAAUUUGUAACGAUUCUCUGUUUUACGCGCUUACUAAUCAUAAACAGAUUUCAUGGGUUUCUACUGUCAUUUCUAUGGAUCACAGUACUAUUUUCUCUGUACUGUGUGUUCCAGUUUUUGAGAGAUGCUGAAAUAAAAAAAUAAAAAUUAA